AUGGGACGCUCUAUGAUUCGUGUGGUUGGAACACGCUUGCGAAACGCAUUUGAAAACGAAAGCGUGAACUGUUUGCGUGCGGCGCAGCGACGUGCUUGUUCAGCAUGGCGGCCAGUGCGAAAACAAAACGCCCCAAUCAUCCAAUCAAGGCUGGUGGUGUCGCUCAGAAUCUACAAUAAAAAAAUUGGCCAACAGCCGGACAGAGAGAAGCAAAGAAACCAGCUUCGUGUGUCUGAAAGUAGGGUAAAGCCUAGCCGCAAAUCCAAUGGUUUAUCAUCAGUUUCCAGUUCCGCAGACGUCCUGGAACCACGCUAA